AUAUCCGUUAGUUAACUGACAUUUAAUAGAAAGUAAUCAAAAACAAACGAAAUUUAAUUGAUUCAAUUGAGAAAACAGGUGAAAAAUGUCAGAUAUUUUGGCGGGUGAACAAUUGACCGAUGACUUCAUCAAAAACAAUCCACAACACACUGUGCCCACAUUGAAUGAUAACGGCGUCUGGCUGUGGGACUCGCACGCGAUCUGUGCUUAUCUUGUCGACAAGUAUGCUAAAGAUGAUUCACUAUAUCCGCGAGAUUUGAUCUUGCGCGCCCGCGUCCAUCAGCGACUCUACUUCGAUGCCAGCAUACUCUACAUGUCAUUGCGCUGUAUCACGCGACCGAUGUUCAAGAACAACGUAUCCAUCGUGCCACGUGAAAAGACACAGGGAAUUAUCGAGGGUUAUACAUUGCUUGAGAAGUUCCUGACAAGCGCUCCUUAUUUAGUUAGCGAUUGUCUGACCAUAGCGGAUUUUUGUUGUGUUGCCACGGCAACGUCGCUGGGAGGUGUGAUCGAAUUGGAUGCUACAAAAUAUCCCAAAGUGAGCGCUUGGAUAGAGCGCUUGAAGAAAUUGCCAUACUACGAGGAAGCAAACGGUUGGGGAUGCAAGAGGUAUAUAGACAUACUUAAGACACGUCUCACUGCAAUUGUCUCCUGAAUAAAUAACCAUUUUAUUUACUUAGCUGUAAUAUUGAAAUAAAUGGCGCAUAUUAGUGUGAAAAGUUCCUAAUUUUUGUGUUAAGCA